AAUUGAACCAGCAACACGAUGCUCUCCACUGCCAGAUCAAGAGCCGUAUGGCAGCUCUCUCGAGUGGCACAGGUCUCUGCGAGACGAGCCUAUGCAUUCUCUGCAAACGAUAAGCAGGAGAUCAACAAUCCAACCCCCCCGGAGGAUGUCCCGAACGUCUCGAAGUCGAAUGAGCUUCCAAUUGAGACACCACACCGAGAUGCACGUAUUCAAGAGAGUAUAGAGGAUGCCGAGAAGCUUAGAGUCCAGCAAGCGCCGAAUAGAACAGGAGUUUGGUCGCGAAGUCAGAAUCCGAGGGCGCAGGCCAUGACGGGACCGAGGUUCGAGCAGACGAUCAUGGAAUUUCAGCCAGCUCCGCAAGCAGCUAUCUCUUUGAUUCACAAGCAGCCGGUACGAUGGACACACGAGAGAGUUGUAGAAUGUGAUGGAGGUGGUGGACCAUUGGGUCAUCCCAGAAUCUUUAUCAAUACCGACAAGCCUCAGAUUUGCAUGUGCACAUAUUGCGGUCUGCCAUUUGCCAACGAGCAUCACCGAAAGCACCUCGAGUCCUUGCCCGAAACUGCGUAUCCCUUGGUUGCACAAGGAGAUGCUGCAGAAAUACCGGAAUCACAGCGAAUUACAGACGAAGCUCUGGGGCAAAGAUAAGAACGUGUAUUAGAAGGAGUUGAAGGCGUGAUAUUGUACAUAUGGAGCAAUAAGAUCCAAAUACUAAAAUGCCUCCUCGGUUUUGAUCAAGACGUCAUUGUUUUCUUACUGAUAUAGCCAUUUGGUGAAGAAGACCAUUACAGCUUAUGUUCUUUGAGGAUGCAAUAGUAUUUGGUUGACAGACCAAAAUAAAAGGUCAAAAUUUUCGACUGUAGUCGGAACAUCUCGUACUUGUUGGUGGUCCGUAGACUGAUUCACAGGACCAAAUCGCUCUGUUGGAAAUUUAUGAAAAGC